AUGAAGUCAUUUGAAAAUAGAUCUGAUAGAUGCCCCCAAACAGCACCUACAUCAAAUAAAAAAAAGAGUGAGGAAAAGAGUUAUCCCUUGAGUUAUGCAAAUGCUCUUACAAAAUCAAAAGAGAGUAUAAUUAUUGUGAAACCAAGUGAAAAAAAUGUAACUGGAGAGGAUAGUACAAAUAUAAAGGAAGUUAUUAAACAAAAAAUAAAUCCAGAUGGACUUGGAGUUGAUAUUAACAGCAAGAAAAAUAACAGAGACGAAGCUGUCUUGAGAAAAGUCUGUGAUGGAGAGGAAGCUCAAAGGUUGCAGAAAGAUAUAGAAAGGGAAAUGGGCAAAAGUGUUAACACAAAGAUUCCCGAAAAGAAGAAUCCCUGCAUAAAAAUCGUUGGAUUGGAAAAAAAUUAUGAGGAGAAGGAGUUGAUAGACAUACUGAAAAGCCAAAAUAACACUGUAAUCACAGCAGAAAGCCAUCUCACAGUAAAAGUAACCAAGAAGAUGGUCGAAAAUUAUCUAUCUAUAAUUGAAUGUGAUCCAGACACUUUCCAGAAAAUUAUGCUGAAAUCAGGCAGUAGACUUUAUAUUGGUUGCAGAGCUUGCAAAGUCUUUGAAUACAUUAGCGUCCUUCGAUGCUAUAAUUGCUGUCAAUAUGGGCAUACCGCUGCAGACUGCAAAAGUGAAAAGAUGUGUGGAAAGUGCAACAGUACAUUUCAUGAGCAUAGAGACUGCGAAAAGAAAAUGGAAUGCACAAAUUGUUGCAUGUCAAAUAACGAUUUCAAUAGCAAGCAUGAUAUAAACCACUCAUCCUUCGAUUUUAUGUGUCCUGUCUACAUAAGCGUGACAAAUAAGGCAAAAGCAAAUAUUUAUUAUCAACAGUAG